AUGAGCGAUCGAGCUGAUAACAAGGACUGUCUUCCUUCAAACUGCUCUUCCGCUGGCUGGUAUCUCAGCAACCAUGCCGCGACUACAAAUUCUCCAUCGUACCAUCCGUACAACGAGAAGAACAAAGCGCGCGUACGCGAAGAUGAGGCGCGAGCCCGCGCCGAGGAAGAGAAAGCGCAGCAGCGAGCCAUCGAGGCGGUGAGUUUUAGCUAUGCGAGGUAUUACUCUUCAGCUGACAUCCAGGAAGGAGAAGCUCGACUGGCUGCUCUGAGAAGACCAGCUGGAUCGCCUUCUGCAGAUGUUGACCCUACCGCUGGGCUCAGCACGAAGGAGGUGCUCGCAAAACAUCAGCGAGAGCGGGAGCGCGAACUGAAGUUGGAGAAGCGGGAACGCAAGAAGCGGGACCGCCUGGACUUUGACUGGCCAUCUGAGAAGGACCGGUAUCGGAAACGUGACGAGGAGCGAGAACAGCGCGAUCGCGAUCGGGGAAGCGAGCGCGACGACCGGGGCGAGGGCUCGUUCCAGUCUGGCGGGCACGUGAACUUCUGGGCCGACCUUGAGAGCGGUAAGGCGACCGAUGUGCAGGUCAUGCCUCGGGACGCUGCGCAGCGGCGAGCGGAUCAAGAAGCGGACAAGUUGACGAUGUACCUCGAGCGGCCGGAGCGCGAGACGAGACCCUGGUACGGUGACGCCGAACUGCGGCGAUACGAGGAGCUGGACGAGAGCGACAUCGCUCGCGAGAGACGAGAACGUGAUCGACGACGAGACCGCAAGUCGAAGGACCGCAACGACCCACUGUCGCAGAUCAGCUCCCGACUGGCAGCGAAGAAGGAGAAGUCGCGGCCAGCAGCCCGAGGGCAGUCGGAGAAGGAGCGCGCACUUGCGAUGCUUGCCAAGCGGCGGGGCGAGGAGCCGUCGAGAUCGGGAUGGGCAGAGCAAUUCGAGCGCCAGCAGGCGAGCGCGGGGGACCGCUACACGCGGCGGUAA